CCCAAACACAGUUUCUUCUCGUUCUCCUUCCAUUUUGUUUUCACACAAAAGUGAAAAAAAUAUCCGAAAAAGCAACAGACGCGUAUUCCGACCGAUCAACAAAAUUUCCACUAUACAGUACAUAUAAUCAUUAGCGAUCAUUUAAGCCGUUCCGCCACGAAGCGCGCAAAAUUAGGACACCGUAUACCAAAUAGCGGAUAGCAUCCUACAUAGCCAUGGCGCAGAAUAUCAGCCCCGAACAGAGUGGAGCAGGAGGCGGGGGCACCAAGCAUAGCGAUGACUCUUUGCCCGUGAAAGACAAUCACGCCGUGAGUAAAAGACUGCACAAGGAACUGAUGAAUCUGAUGAUGGCCAACGAGAAGGGCAUUUCGGCGUUCCCGGACGGCGAGAACAUCUUCAAGUGGGUGGGCACCAUAGCGGGUCCUCGGAACACCGUGUACUCGGGGCAGACGUACCGCCUGUCCCUGGACUUCCCCAACUCCUACCCGUACGCGGCGCCCGUGGUCAAGUUCCUGACGUCCUGCUUCCAUCCCAACGUUGAUCUGCAGGGCGCCAUCUGCCUGGACAUCCUGAAGGACAAGUGGUCGGCCCUAUACGAUGUGCGCACCAUUCUGCUGUCCAUUCAAUCCCUGCUGGGCGAGCCGAACAACGAGAGUCCACUGAAUGCGCAGGCCGCGAUGAUGUGGAACGACCAGAAGGAGUACAAAAAGUAUCUAGACGCCUUCUAUGAGAAACACAAGGACACCUAGAGUUCGGCAAUUCCAGUCCUAUCCUAUGCUCAUAUUGCGGCGUAUUUAUUUACAUAUAGUGCAAGCAACUCCAAUCAUCCGACCCUACUGCCAAUCAUCAUCAAUCACCACCGUAUCACCGAACCAAUUCAACAUCGUUUAAUGCUGAUAUUUCCUUGGCAAAGAACCCCGUGCAUUUCUUAUGUAAUUGUCGAUCGAUAGACGGAAACUAUGGUUUUUAUUCUCAUUUCUUUCCUCCCCAUAAAUUAAUGAUAUAUGAAUGUAUUGGUAAUGUAAUUUUAAAACUGUCCGUUCUUUAAGAUUAAGCAUAAAUUUUAGUUAAUUGUUUUUAUACACAUCAUUUUGAAACGAGCGCCUUCGCCGCCCGCAUUUUGUACUGAUGAUUUUUAAGCGACUGUGCUGCGCCGGCCAUUAUGUGAAUGUUAGCUAAUUUUAGGGCAGCCUAACCGAUUCAACCACUCGUCUUAGUAUCUCCAUUCAUGCGGCAUUAUCCCAAACUACUGGUGUAACAAAUUCCACGAAAUUCGAAUCAUUGUAACAGUUGAGUUAGCUUGAUGUUAUUGAAACCACAAAUAAAACAAAUUAUUGAACUACA